AUGAAACUUACACAAUUGGUGUUCGCUGGAAGAAGAGGAAAGAAAAUAGGUGAUGACGAUUAUGAUGAUGAUGAUGUUGACUUUUUAUGCUCCACAUUUGAUUGGCUAACUAUCUUUCCAUUGAAUCAGCCAUCAAUAUUUACUGUUCCUACUCUACUAUUGGGUUCAUUUUCGCUCUAUUCUUCUUCACAGUUGAAACUUUCGUCAACAGGUGAUCACAAAUAUAAGACGAAUUAUAUACAGAAUGGUAAGGUACAGUUUAAGCGGCUAAAUCGCUUGAAUGAGGAGCUUGAAUUCCACCGAAAUCGUAGCCCAGCACUACUUUCAAUCCUAACCGUCUUGAAAAGCUAUAAAUAUGUAUUAGCGCCGCCGUUUCGAUUUCAGAUAAUACUACUAAACGUUGAAACGAUUGGAAAACAUUCGAAAACCUUUUAUUACCAGUUACAUAAAAUGAAAAUGGAGACGUGA